AUGGAUUCAAGCAGCAGCGAAGAAUACAUGCCUGAAUUGCCAAGACAGAGAAAGACCAGCUGUGUCGUGAUUGACUCGGACUCUGACAAUCCCCAUGAUGAAAAGAGUGAUAAGAUCUGUGAAAUCAGCAGUGGAGGCGAGUCUUCUGACACUGAUCAUCCCGGAGAUCAGAAGCUUCCAAUAAUUGUUAUUGAUGACGAAGAUGGCAACCUCGGUUCAAAGGAUUCUGAGCAGAAAAGUGAUGAGGGCCAAAUGCCUGUCCUUGAAAAGGAGGUGGUCGAAUGUAUUGAUUCUGAUCCACCUUCAUCUCAUGAUGUUUGUGAAAUAUGGGAUCUUUGUGGGAGUUCUAACCAACCAUCAAGUGAGCUUGAGCAGGGAGGGGAGCCGGAGCGUGAGGGGGAGCCUGAGCGUGAGGGGGAGCCUGAGCGUGAGGGGGAGCCUGAGCUCAAGGGGCAGCUUGAAUCUGAGCCCAAGGGGGAGCUUGAAUCUGAGCCCAAGGGGGAGCUUGAAUCUGAGCUUGAAUCUGUGCCUAAGGGGGAGCUUGAAUCUGUGCCCAAGGGGGAGCUUGAAUCUGUGCCCAAGGGGGAGCUAGAAUCUGACAUCAAGGGGGAGCUUGAAUCUGACAUCAAGGGGGAGCUUGAAUCUGACAUCAAGGGGGAGCUUGAAUCUGUGCCCAAGGGGGAACUAGAAUCUGACAUCAAGGGGGAGCUUGAAUCUGUGCCCAAGGGAGAGCUAGAAUCUGACAUCAAGGGGGAGCUUGAAUCUGUGCCCAAGGGGGAGCUGGAAUCUGACAUCAAGGGGGAGCUUGAAUCUGUGCCCAAGGGGGAGCUGGAAUCUGAUAUCAAGGGAGAGCUUGAAUCUGUGCCCAAGGGGGAGCUAGAAUCUGACAUUAAGGGGGAGCUGGAAUCUGAUAUCAAGGGGGAGCUUGAAUCUGUGCCCAAGGGGGAGCUUGAAUCUGACAUCAAGGGGGAGCUUGAAUCUGAGGAGGCAGAGCAAGAAAUGACAGCUGAGGAAGCCAAGCAGAAAAGAGCUGCUUAUCUGCUGGCACAACAAAGGAAAAGAAAGAGAAAGAACAGAUUUAUUUGCAUGUCAUCUAGUAAGCCACGUAGAAAACGCCGUAAGACUGACCCACAGGUUAAGACUGACCCACAGCCAAGUACAUCUGAAAAUACUAGUCCUCCUGAUGAGCCCAUUCCAAUGGAACAGCCUGUUCCUUCCCCCAAAGGAAUGGUUUUAAGGAAAGGGAGAGGCAAAGGGGCAAAGGCACGCAAGUGA